ACUUCCGCCUCCGGCGGCGUUGCCAUGGCGGCGGCGGAGGCCGUGCGGCUGCGGCCCGGGCCCGGUGCCGCGGCCCCGCUCCAGGCCCAGCUCCUGCCCUGCCGCGUCCAGCACGACGGGCCCGCGCCUGUGGCCGCCUUCCUGCGGGUGCAGCUCGGGCCCGGCGGCGAGCUCUGGGCCUCGUUCCGGGGCCGGCGCAUGGGGGGCCGGGACCUGCCUCUGCCCCACGGCUACCGGGGGGUGCUGCUGCAGGAGGGGGACCCCCCCCAUGGCGAUGAGGGCCGGUGCGUGACAGUGACGGGGACGUUUGAUGCCAUCAGGGACUGGGGGGCCGAUGGUGUCCCCCCCCCCGGGGGGGUGGCCCUGGCGCUGCAGUGGGGCGACAUCGCCCAGGCGAUCCAUGCCCCGGUCCCUGAGAGUGACAAGGAGGCGGAGCCAUGACAAACCCCGCCCCUUUGUAGGCGGAGCCUGUGCAAGCCCCGCCCACCCCAUCCAAUAAAGGUGCCCGGGGCCAAGUGCUGGGUGUUUAAU